AGGAGGGACUCAGCCAAAAUAUAGUUAUGCUUGAAUCUCAAACCCAAUCAAUAACAUUCUGCUUGAAAGGCUCAACAGACAGGCCCAAAUACACAUACACAUGAUAGCCCACGCAUGCUGACCUCUGACGGAGCGAGCCUUCAUGCGAUAAAAUCCGAUUGAAUCCGAAUCCCAUGAUCGUACUUGGAAGCGUUUUCCAAUCGAUCGGGACCUCGACUCGUCGGCUUCGAAAGCUCAAAAGCAGAAAAGCUGCUAAGUGAAGGAAGGCUCCGUUUGAAUUGGUGGUCAUCGUGGUCAUGUUAGAGCCGCUCCGGGAGGGAGCGUUGAAGGGCGUGCGGAUCGUGUUGGCCAGUGGCUCGCCCCGGCGAAGCCAGAUCUUGAGCCACACGGGUCUGCCUUUUGAGGUGUGUCCCUCUACCGCGGAGGAAAACUUAGACCCGGCCCGCUAUGCCGACCGCCCCGGGGGUUUCGCCACGGACACGGCUGGACUCAAGGCGCGCGAAGUGGCGCAACGCCUAGAGCCCAGCACGCCCACGCUGAUCAUCGGCUCGGACACGGUAGUCACAUUGGACAAUCGUUUGUUUGGGAAACCGCGAGACGCCGAGCACGCCGCCCAAAUGCUGGCCCAGUUAAGCGGGCGCUCGCAUGUGGUCUAUACCGGGGUGUGGCUCAUCCGGCUGGAUCCGGCACUGAGUCGACCCCGCACCUUGAGCUUCUCUCAAUCCACAACAGUCCACUUUGAUCACUUGUCCGAGGCCGUGAUCCGCGCUUAUGUGGCCUCGGGCGAGCCCAUGGACAAAGCCGGGGGCUACGGCAUUCAAGCCCGGGGGGCCACUUUGGUGCAAGGCAUCAACGGCGACUUUUUCAAUGUCAUGGGCUUCCCGCUUCAUUUAUUUGGUCGGAAACUGUACGAGCUCUACGACGCCUCCCCGUGAAAUAGACUAGACAGGAACCCGCUAUGCAUUGGCUGCAUUAAAUCUGCCUCUGUUGUUGAAGUUUCACCCGUUUUCUCGUUCUCUUUCAG